AUGGCCGAACACCCUUCUUUCACUCUCGCUGCCCUUUUGUCUGCUGGCGGUACCGCUGGCUGGAUGCGCACUCGCUCUACACCGUCUCUCGUCGCUGGUGUCGGUCUCGGAGUUUCCUAUGCCUACGCCGGAUACCUUCUCAAGAACAACAAGGACUACGGCUCUGAGCUUGCCCUGGCAAACAGUGUUCUCCUGACUGGUUCCGCUAUUCCUAGAAUUAUUAAGACUGGUGGACGUGCUCCUGUUCCCAUCGCUCUCGGUGUUGUUGGUGGACUUGCGACUUAUUACUACCAGAAGAAGUUCCGCGAGUUCCGAUAUGGAGUUUGA